AUGUCCUCAACCGACACCAAGCCCUCGAACCCCGCCGCCCACAAGAAGAGAUGGAAACCAACGUACCUCAACGCCAUCGAAGGCCCCGAACUCUACAACUACAUGGGCAACCGCGUCGUGCUCUCACACACUACACACGGGAACGCCGUCGCCGUGAAACACAAACCGUCUGGUGCAUUCGUCCGCUCCGAAGCGCAGAUGAUGCACUUCGCGUCUACGCACGGGAUCCUUGCGCCGAAGGUAUUGGGAUGCUAUGAUGUUGAGCCGGAGGUUGUUGCGACGGUUACGGAUGUUGUUCCGGGGCAGUCGCUUGAUAAGGUCUGGCACGAUCUCACGGAGGCCGAGAGGGAGGGGGUUAAGAGGGACUUGAAGGAGCAGGUCCGGCUGUUCCGCACAAUCACGCAGCCGUUUAUUGGGAGGGUACACAACCAAGAGACGUUUAACUUUUUCGACCGCUUGCAUUUUCGCUUCAUGGGGCCGUUUGGGUCCGAGGAGGACUUCGAUGAGUUUUGUCUUGGACGCGUUAAGAGGAAGUCAGGCGCGGCAUAUGCGCUGUGGAAACGUCUUCUCCCUGGUAUGCGAGGAAGAAGCUCGGGCAGGUUCGUCCUCACGCACGGCGACCUCGCGGCGCGGAAUAUCAUGGUUCAUGAGGGGAGGUUGAGUGGGAUUGUGGACUGGGAGUAUAGUGGCUUCUUCCCGGAGUAUAUGGAGUAUGCGUGUAAUUUUGUGGUCCAUGAUCAGCAUGAGAGGUGGUGGCUUCCUGUGCUUAAGGAGGUUCUGAAUGAUGCUGGGGCGAGCUGUGGGUUUAAGAGGGCGAGGUUUGUGGGCGCUGUUAAGGAUCGGGGGUGGUAA